AUGUCGCCUCCGUCGCCCAACACCGCGCGAGGGCGCUCCAGCAGAACGCGCCUUUUCUUCUCAGGCGCCCCCUUUUCGCGCAGCCGAAGCGACAACACGACAGCCGCCGCGAACCACGCCCCGGAAGGCGGGGGCCGGCCAUCGGCAGCUCCCACGUCGUCAGCGGUGCCGCCGAGGCCUAGCCCGGGCGGCAUCAGCGACGGCGACAUCAAGCUGGAUUUCAACACGUCGCCACCGUCGGCCGCGCUCUCCGAGCAGUACCGCCGCGCGAGCAUGGACGGCUCUACGUCGUUCCGCGACGCGUCCAAUGCCGCAGGAUCGCAGCGCCUGGGAGGCCCUGACGUUAACCAGUUUCUGGGCGGCUCGGGAAGAAGUCCGGGCGCGGCGCAGGCGGAGAGGAGUGCGGGCGAGCUGAUGCGCGAGGAGCUGUCGCGCCUCGCCAUGCUGGAGGAGACGACCGAGGACGAUGAGUGGCUGGGCGGGGAGCUGCUGCGCGCCAAGACUGACGGCGCAGCCAAUGCGGAGAGGCGCGCCAGGGUGCGCGGGAUCACUAGCGGCGCCGGCGCCAGUCGGCCAGGCUCGGGAGGGAAUCGCCAUCCGCAUGCCGCCAACGAGGGGGUUGGCGGAGCUGCAGCGGAAGAGUCGCUUUGGCCGAUAGGGGCGGCGGCAUGGAAUGCGGGCGAGCUCCCCGCGCUGUUCACUCACUCCAUGCCCUUCCCCCCGCCCCAACGCCUCGCGACCUUUGCCGCUCCGCUUGCUCAGGGGGGGCCCGGCGCCGAAUGGGGAGCGUUCCCCGAGUACGGGGCGAUGGGCGGCGUCAAUGCGGCGGAAGCGCGCGCGCUGAAUCGGUGCAGUAGCAGCGGAACCAAGGCGUGGAACCCGUCGGAUGGCACAAGCAACGCGGGUAACGUGCCGCUGUUUCCGUCCAUCAGUAGCGGCAAAGGCAGCAACAGUUUUGUCGGCUCCCGCCGAGCCUCGUCGAGCGGCGGGCAGCGUUCCAUGGAGCAAUUUGAGAUGCAAGCUGGCCUUAUAUCGGGUGCGAUGGGUAGAGAGCAGGCGGCGAAGCCGCCGCUACAGCAGCAGCUGCCGCACCUACGGCAGCAGCCGCAGCAGCUUCAGCUCCUGUACCCAUCCGCGGUGGUCCCGCAAACCGCGGUGCUGCCGCGGAACGUGGCGGCUUUGCGCCGGCCCAGCAGCAGCAGCGGAACCGCCCCUUCCAACGGCGGGGGGUUCGCGCGUGCGACGGGUGGAGAGUCGGCGAGCUCCAUGUCGCCCGAGGCCUCCUCCACGGACGGCGACGGCGGGGCGUGCGACGCGGAUUUCCUGUCGGCGCCAAUCGCGCGGUCGGGGCCUGUGGCGUACGGGCGGGUGGGUUUGACGGCUCGCGGGGGAGCGGCGCAGCCUGGGGCGCAACGAGGGCCUUCUGCGCUGCGGCUACCAGCAUCCGGUCGCAACCUGCCGCCCGCGCUGCUGCAGAAGCUGCAGUCGCUGCAGCAGCUCACCCAGCCGUCGCCCGCACUCGCCGCACCGGCGCAGCUAACUUCCGGUGCCCCUCCACCCGCUGACGUCACCACCGACGCCAAACCACGCACGUGGGACCGACUCACCGCCCCCGCUGCGCCCGCCUCCCCCGCGCCUCCCACGGGCGGCGCUGGGCAAGGGGAGACGCGCAGUGGUUGGUCUGUGGCGUCCAGCGGGUCCCAGGCGGGGUGUCACGGUGCGGAGCAGGCGCUGUCAGCCGAGGACACCAACGAGGACAGCACGGCAGCCGAGCCACCCAGUGCAUGCCUCAACUGGCAGGGCGUGGAGAGCCUGUGUCGGGACAUGGAGUUGGACCGCCGCCCCAUAGAGUCCAUCGACAUCAUCAUCCCCGCCCCCGACACGCCAGGCACCACCGCACCCGGUGCCGCGGCCUGUGUGGUGUACGGGCUGCGCUUCGCUGGCACGGGCGAGUGGCAGCAGCCCGCCUGCAAGGUGCAUGCGGGGGAGGAGGCCGGUGCGUCGGGGGGGAACCGUGAUGGUGGUGGAGGGGCGUGGGGGAGCAGUGCAGCAGCUGAGAUAUCCUCUCUGAAGUCAGACUCGAUAUAUCAAGGAAGAGAGUCUAUGUACCAACUCACGCCUAUGGCUGCCUGA